AAGAUGAAUAAUAAAAUUUUUGAGUCGAAGUUUUUUAUCCAAUAUCUGUUUGACUUGUUCUGCGAUGCAGGAAUUGGCUGAAGAUUCAGAAGGACCCGAAGUUGAUGAGGAAGGUUUCUCUCGGCUGUACGAAAUACUGAAUCCUUUUCCGAUGCAAACACAGCUGUACGAAAAAUACGCUCGAUCAUGGAGCAAAGAGACUUUGCAAAAUGAAAGCACCCAAGGAGAGGCAGAUAGGGAAACUUUCCCCAAUCCGAAAAGCAAAACAUGGCACAGUAUUUCUCCGGUGGCUCGUUUGUUUCCAAAGCUGUCUGAAUACUCUUUGCAUCUGUGGAAUACCUCAUACAUGGCAGAAACUGAGCUAGAGAAAUUUCUCUUGGAAGACGGAAAAGUGCCAUGUCCCGAUGCCGAAUCAACCAUAUAUCGAUACCGAGAAACAUGGAACAAGCCAAACACUCUGUCUUUUGCGGGAUUCGUCCACUUCCUUUUUUCGGAAAAGUGCACUGCAGUCAAACGAGUGGAAAGCAGAGUGAACAUGGAUAUGAGAUUACCUCUGAACCAUUACUACAUCAAUUCUUCUCAUAAUACAUACUUAGAAGGGAACCAAUUGACUUCAGACUGCACGUCAGACGCCUACAUCAGAGUUCUCAAAAUGGGAGUCCGGUUCUUGGAACUGGACGUGCACCCUGGCUCUUCAAACUCUGAGCCAGUCAUCAAACAUCUCAACUUCCCCACCAGUCCACUUCCUCUGAGAGAAGCAUGUGAAGCUAUCAAAAAGUAUGCAUUCGUCAGAUCACAAUAUCCUGUUAUUCUGAGCAUUGAGGAUCAUGUUGAGAAAAACGACGAUGCCAAAAUCACCAUGAACAAGAUUUUCAUUGAAGUUUUCAAGGAAAAUCUGUUGACCGACGAGAAACUGCGGAACAACCAACUGCUCCCGAGUCCAGAAGAGCUGAAAGGGUUCAUUAUAAUCAAGGUCUGUUUAGCCAUUGUUCUUUCACCUUCAACGAAGUAUUUUUCUCUUUCGCCAGGUAAGCUGUGUGAUUUGUGCUAAAUUGGCAAUAAGAUGUAUUAUUUUUUUUCUUUCCCAGGGAAAAAUAAAUAGACUGAUGAGACAUUCAUUGCAUCAUAUUUAGUUCCUCCUAAAAAUAGAUGAAAGAAAUAGAACACAAUUUAGCGUUAAGGAAUAAAGUUGACUUCCUUUUUUGAUCUAUUUUUGCACCUUUUCGGGUUGUCAAUUGCAGUUAUAAGUGUACAGUUUAUAAAAUUCAAUUGCCAUUUUUAUUCAGAUUUCGAGUUCGAUAUAUUUAAAUUUUUUUUAAUUUAAAUUUUGGCAAAAUUGUAAUAAUUAGUUAAUUAGUCGAGUUAUUAACCGGAACUUCUUACUAAUUUUU